ACCAUACCAACACAGUUACCGAGCUCACAAGUAUACGAUGCGUUACUGCUCACGGUUGUAGAACGUGUCAUUUUUAUGAUUUGGGAGAUAUUAAUUCCGCAAUCGAAGAACUCGAUGCUUUGCUUGAGGAGAAAUAGAAGACUCUUGAGUAAUUUAUUUUCCUCUUGUAAGUGGCGUAAGUGCUGUGAUCUAUUUCAAAUUUGUCAUUCUUCGGAUAACCUAACUAAAUGUGUUUAUUUACUUACGUUACAUUCGAUUUAUUGAGAAAAUUAGCCAUAAUGAACCAAUGGUAAUUGAAAAUAAUAAGAGGCCUGCUCCGGAAGAAAAUAAUGAGAAUCUACCUAAGAAACAAAUGACAGAAAUGAUAAGGGUUAAGAGAAGGAAUUACGCAUUGUUGUUGGCCUAUCUUGGAAAGAAUUACGCUGGAAUGCAGAGAAAUCCUGGUAUGAAGACAAUCGAUGAAGAAUUGAUAAAUGCUUUGUUAAAAGCUGAUUUAAUUACCAAUGAAGCUUUUGAUAUGAUUCAAACUAUACAAUAUCAAAGGGCUGCUCGCACAGAUAAGGGAGUCUCAGCUGUUAGGCAGGUGGUCUCUGUCAAAUUGCCUGAAAACGUGUGUAAAAAUGUCCUAAAUGGAUUCCUUCCGGAUGAUAUUAAAGUUUUUGGAAUAAAGCGUGUUACGAAAGGAUUUAAUAGUAAAUCUCACUGCAGUGGUAGGACUUAUACAUAUACGUUGCCAACGUAUUCUUUUGCACCCGAAUCUAGCAACAUACCGCCACGAGAUGUUGACAUAGAUGCAAGAAUGAAAGAAUUAUUGACUAUCGAUGGCAAGCCACUACAAGAGUAUCGUAUAUCAGCCGAUAUUAUAGCUAGAAUAGUGUCUUCCCUGAAGAUAUACGAAGGAACGCAUAAUUUCCAUAAUUUUACAUCAAAAGUGAAACCAUUAGACCCUCGCGCUCAAAGGUACAUCAUCGAAACGUCUUGCUCCGAGCCAUUUAUAUCCGAUUCCAUGGAGUUUAUAACUUUAGAAAUUAAAGGACAGAGCUUUAUGCUCCACCAGAUUAGGAAAAUGGUAGCCUUAGUGAUAUCAGUGGUGAGAAAUAUCAUCAGGGAAGAAAUCAUAAGCGAAGCGUUUACACCGCCAAAAUUAGAUCUUCCGAUGGCACCUAGCUUAGGCUUGGUCUUGCAAAGAGUUCAUUACGACGGAUACAACAAAAGGUAUGGCUCCGAUGGGAUCCACGAGACUUUAGACUGGACCGAGUGCGACGAGGAGAUCACCAAGUUCACGAAGGAUUACAUUCUGAAACACAUCACAGAGACAGAGAAACGCGAGAAUGCGAUACUGAGUUGGCUGGCGACGUUGCCGAGCCACAAGUUUUCCGUCCGAGAGGAACGCGAGGAACGAGAGGAACCAACGGACGAUUGAUCCAUCGUUUACCAAGAAAUACCCCAAUCCAAAAGCCUCGGUUGUACGAAAUUAGUCUCCUCGGCUAAUUGAUAUUUUUAAAUAAAAUUCCCGUCUCCAAA